AUGACCUCCCCUCCGCCCCCGAAACGAUACAAGUCCGAGUCGACGCCCGCCAGCGAUGCCGGCCGAUCGAGAUACUACCACUCCCAAUCGGUUCCGUCGAGUGAGCGGGCGCGAUCACGGCAGACGUCGACCGCAAUGGACAUUUAUAUGAUCACCGACCGUGAUCCGGCGGAGAGAGAUCGACGAGUUGCCGGCCGUUUCACCAGCAAUGGCUCGGUCGCGUCGCAUUCUUCCGUCGUAUCCCAUGCUUCGCACGCCUCGCAUGCCUCGCGCUCGUCCCCGCCAAUGCUCAUCUCUAAUCGCAAAAUUCCCGAAAAGUAUCCUCCCUAUAAAGAAAAUGGUCGCUUGUACCACAGCUAUCGCAAGGGCGUCUACAUGCUCCCGUGUGAUGACGACGAACAGGAUCGCCUUGAUAUCUUCCACAAGCUUUUCACGGUCGCUCGAGUGUCCGAUGGCUUGAUUUACGCUCCGCGUCCGCCCAAUUCACGGAUUCUCGACUUGGGAUGUGGAACAGGCAUCUGGAGUAUCGAGGUCGCAAACAAAUACCCAGACUCGUUUGUUGUCGGCGUCGAUAUUGCCCCGAUCCAGCCCGCCAACUACCCGAAGAAUUGCGACUUCUAUGCGCCAUUUGACUUCGAAAGCCCGUGGGCUCUUGGCGAAGACUCUUGGGACUUGGUUCACAUGCAAAUGGGUAGCGGUAGCGUUGUGAGCUGGCCGAGUCUUUACAAACGCAUCUUUUCGCACCUUCGCCCGGGAGGCUGGUUUGAGCAGGUGGAAAUUGACUUCGAACCGCGUUGCGAUGAUCGCUCGCUGAGUGGACUCGCUCUCCGUCACUGGUAUACGGCGCUGAAGAAUGCAACUGAAGCUCGUACUCGGCCUCUGGCGCACAGCUCGCGCGAGACAAUCCGAAACUUGCAAGAAGCUGGCUUUACCGAGAUCGAUCAUCAAAUGGUCGGGCUUCCCAUGAACCCCUGGCAUAACGAUGAGCACGAACAGAAAGUGGCCCGAUGGUACAAUCUAGCCAUCUCUGAAAGUAUCGAGCCACUCAGUCUGGCUCCGUUCAGCCGUGUCUACGGUUGGCCCAUCGAGAAGAUUCAGCGCAUUGCGGCGGACGUGAAGGCAGAAGCGUUCAACAAGGACAUCCACUCGUAUAACAUCUUGCACAUCUAUCAGGCACGCAAGCCACUGGCCAACUAG